AUGGCCAGACGGCUGACAUUUGUGGACCCAGGCUUCCAGCUGGAUGUCUACACCGACACAGACCUCCUGGGCGGACGGGGCGGCACGCGCGGCCGGCGAUUCAGCUUUGUCAGCUUUGGCAGCUUUGUCACGUGUGUCAGGUUUGUCAGGUGUGAAAGCUUUGUAAGCUUUGACAGCUCUGUAUCCUUCGUAAGCUGUGUAAGGGUUGUCAUGUGGAUGGCCGGAUUUGGCUCAUUAUUGAGGUUUGUCAGCUUUGUUGGCUGGAUCCAGCUUUGCCAGUCUUGCCCAAUAAGGGCAGCUUGUUCAAAGGCGAUUAAUGCGCAACAACACUGGGUGGCAGACACUAGGGGCCCACAUAGUUCGGUACUAUGUGGGCCCCGAAGAUGUCGCUAUGGAUGCCUUGCCAGUCCGCGUGUACUACAUACGCCACACAGCACAUUCCUGAAGGCGACAUCCCCAUCUUGCGCGGUUCUGUGCACGCCUAAUAGCGAAUUUGUACAAGGUGUUCCGUCUAUUUCGAUCUUUCAUGCUAAUUCACGUGCUUCUGACACUAGUAUUUACCAAAUGCCUCGACAAAAUUCCGAGAGGUCACGUGUCUCGCCGCACGGCUGCUGCGGUCUCGGGUUGCGAGCAUGGAUUACGAUUCAGAUAGUAAAUGAGUCGUAUCUGGCUCGCAAAACCCCGAAAAUGCGAAACAGGUACGAAGAUGCGACUUGGUCCUUUGUCAUAGUGUGUGUUGCAAAAGCUUUGUGCUUGACAGUGGUCGGUGCUUGCUGUUUUGCAGGGUCGUCCAUGGACGUGCGGUUACAGGCGCUUGGUCCCACGUACCCAAUCUUCCCAUACAUUUUACAGAUGCUGCCAAAAGACUCAACAAUCAUGCAUAAAGUACUGACAGACGCUUACGCUGCGCAAGCUAUCAUGUAUCUGAUGCUAAGAAGCGGUUGUAGCUCAGGAAAGUCCAAUUGCAGAAGAGAACCAAUGCGGAAACGCUUGUGA